GCUUCGUCAAAGUAUUCCCUCUUCUUCUUACUCAUUUCCACCAUAUUAAUGGCCUGCAAUCUUUCACCGUACCAUACACAUAAAAUCUUAACUCACUUUUACUCUCCUCCAUAAGCUCAUAACUCAUCUAUCUCUGCACAUUCAUCCUUUAAAGACAAAAUAAUGUAAUUGUUAGUUCUGUCUUGAGCAAGUUUAACAAAUGUAUCCCUCUUUCACUAGCACUACUUUCCAAACAAGUACAUGUUUUUCUUUGUAUAAUUGCAUUAAUAAUACAAAUGUUUCUAUAACCCAUUGCGAAGAUUACUGUCCUCCAUUGUCUUCCCCUCAUUACAUUACCUUAGACGAUGGUAAUAUGAUCUUCGAUGACCUUUUGCAACAAGAAUCUCUCUUCUCUAAUGAUUAUAUCAAUCACAAUGCCAAUAAUAUUGCAGUUCAUCAAGAGUUAUCUAGUCCAGAUAUUAGGGCUAGUUUACAGGCUGCAAUGGGAAAGUGUAGCAACAACAAUGGUGAUGAUGGCUUCAGUAAGCCGAAAACUAGCAGUAAAAGGAGGAGAGCUUCAAAAGCCGACCGGCACAGCAAGAUUAACACGGCUCAAGGACCAAGGGGCCGAAGAAUGAGGUUGUCCGUUGAAGUUAGUAAAAAGUUCUUCAAGUUGCAAGACAUGCUUGGGUUCGAUAAGGCAAGCAAGACUGUCGAGUGGUUACUCAUGAAAUCGAAUUUAAAAAUUCAAGAACUCAUGAUCCCUCAUGGGAAAUCCAGCUUUUCAGGUGUUUCCAUUAGUGAAUCUUCUGCUUCAAAAUGUGAAUUGUUGUCUGAAUAUAUCGACGGAGAUCAAACCGCAAAGUGCUCUUCUAGAAGCAACCGAAAGGCGAAGAAAAAGACUAGAAGAGGAGUUAGAACAAGUUCUUAUCUUCUACGCCCUCUUGCUAAAGAAGCAAGAGAAAUGGCAAGAAAAAGGGCAAGAGAGAGGACACUGGAAAAGAGUGGUUAUAAACUUUCUUGUGUUAGUGGUGGUGAUGAUCAAUUUUCAAAGUUUAGACCAUUAUGUUUAGAUCAACCAAUGGAUCAAGGCAUGAAUUGUUUAGGGUCUUGGAUCAUAAAAGAACCAGAAGGAAUUAUUGAUGGUGAUUCUUCAUCAAUGAUAGGCAGUUGGAGCCCGUCUUUCUUGUUCGAUUAUCAGCAAACCGGAGUACAUCCUCAAGAGCACCAGUUCAGUGAUUUUCAGAUACAUGGAAAUUUAUGGGACCUCAAGAAUUAA